CGCCGCUCGCUCAAAGUUUUCAAUCGCAAAAGAGGCAUUGGUUUUGCUUGUUUCUACUUGCCCAUCACGAAUCCCUGAACACAAGCUGCAAUUUCGAGUGUCAAUCAUCAUGUCCGCACCUCGCAGAGUUCUCAUGCUUCACGGCUACACGCAGAAUGCGUCCAUCUUCAGCAAACGGGUCGCCGCCCUCCGUAAAUCAUGUUCCAAAGACAUCGAAUUUGUAUUCGUUGAUGCACCAGUAAUCCUCUACCCCGUCGACCUCGCGAAUACCUUCUCCGACCCCAAUAACCCCGACACCACAAACUCACUCGCCGCAUACGGGUCUGCCGAAGCCGCCGACGCGGAUAAGACAGACGAUCCAACGCUGACCCCGAGGGCGUGGUGGAAGACUAAUUGGGACAGGACGUCAACUGAUGGGCUGGAAGAGAGCAUCGAGUUUUUGAAGGGGGUGUUGACGAAGGGACCGAGGUUUGAUGGCAUCUUUGGGUUCAGUCAAGGUGCAGCGAUGGCUGUUAUCCUCGCUACUUUGCUAGAAAAGCCUGAGACCUAUCCAUCUUUCCUGGUCGAUGGUCAACCACCGCAUCCCCCCUUCUCAUUUUGUGUAUCUAUCUCUGGCUUCGUUCCCCCUGGUCCCAUCUGUGCCUCGCUUCUCACUCCUUCUGCACCGUAUACGACACCUACAUUACAUGUAAUGGGAAAGAACGACAUCCUAGUGGUCGAAGAGAGAUCGAAAGCAUUAUUGGAAGUGUCUGCAAAGAAGAGGGUGGAGGUGCAUGACGGCGGUCACUUCGUACCCUCCAAAGCAAACUGGCGCAACUUCUUCAAAGCAUACCUCAAACAAGCCCCCGCAGAUGACGAAGUCCCGAGCCCCAGCCCUGGGCCCUCCGACUCUGCCGCCGUGACAUCGUCAGGUAGCGGAACGGUUACGCCCGCGUUGUAAGGAAGUCAGAAGUUAGCGCCUGGGAUUGUACUGUGGGGGGUGUUUCGUGAGGCGUGAGUGGGUUGGGUGAGAUGGGUGCUAUGCGAUAGGUAGGGUGAAAUACGAGGGGUUUGGGGUGAUAUUGGAGAUAAGAAAUGGGACAUGGGAGGAUUUGGAUGUGGUGAGCGGCGGGUGAAGGUGAGGAGGCAUGGUAGGUUCAUCGGGAGCAUACUCGUAAGUUACGGAACGAAGCCUACUUACACACCAACACCACACCCAUCCACCCAUCCAUCUAUCUUCCAUCUAUUAUAGGGCAUGUUUCGGGUAGAUACUCGUAUACUUACACUUAUAGAACAG